AUGCCUUCCCAAUACGCAAAGUUACUUCCACCACACUUUAAGGAAGACAUUAAAGCUUGGUUAGCUCAAGACGCUCCUUGUUUUGAUUAUGGUGGAUACGUCGUUGGCGAUACACCGGAAGUUGCUAUGUUAUAUGGAAAGUCUCCAGGCGUUUUAGCGGGAGUUCCUUUCUUUGACGAAGUAUUCAACCAAUUGGGCUGUCGCGUUGAUUGGCUUAUAUCCGAAGGAGAAUCUUUUGAACCUGUAAAGCUGUGCGCUAAA